AUGUUGAAUAUCUCGACGUCCCGACCGCAACUUGAUACCACCAACAAACUGCCCCAGGUGGCCAGAGUCACUCAGGAUCUCGAGAUUAUGUCGGACAGGCAAGAAGACUCCCCAACGCCCUUUGGGCACGAAAUGCGAAGACAUUUCUCCUUCAAGACAGGCUACAGAAAUAUGAAUCAUGGGUCAUUUGGCGCAUCCCCCAAGGCAAUUCGUGAUAUGGCAGAUCGACUGCGCGAUGAAUGUGAAGCUACUCCAUGCCCAUUUAUCAAGUACCGCUUUCCUGAAUUAUUGAAUGAAUCACGGGUAGCGGUUAGUGAGCUUCUCAAUGCUCCAUUAUCCACUAUUGUCUUUGUCGCCAACGCUACGACCGGAGUCAACACCGUUUUGCGCAAUAUAGUUUGGAAUGACGAUGGACGAGAUGAAAUUCUUCAGCUGGACGUUAUCUAUGGCGCAUGUGGUAAAACCACCAAUUAUCUCUGCGAGGCCAACCAAGGGAAAGUGCACACAAGGGAAAUCAACUUCAACUAUCCUGUUGAUGAUGCCGAGAUUGUUUCCGGGUUUCAACGAGCAAUUGAAGCGUCCCGCCAACAAGGCCGUCGGCCUCGGAUCGCGAUAUUUGAUACAAUAUCCUCCAACCCUGGGCUCAGGCUUCCCUUCGAGGAGCUUACUGCUCUUUGUCGCACAGAAGGAGUGCUGAGCUUGAUCGACGGAGCCCAUGGUAUUGGUCAGAUUGGGCUUAAUCUUUCUUCCUUGGAUCCGGACUUCUUUAUCAGCAACUGCCAUAAAUGGCUUUUCACCCCUCGUGCAUGUGCUGUUUUUUAUGUCCCAGAGCGCCAUCAAGCUAUGAUGCGAAGCACCUUACCAACAAGUCAUGGCUUUGUUCCCCAUUUACUGUCGACCAACAACAGUUGUGCUUCUGGUGGGCCGGAGUUUGUCUCAAACUUUGAGUUCGUGGGAACGACUGAUAAUAUCUCUUUUUUGACCGUCGCUGAAGCAAUUCGUUGGCGACAAACUAUCUGCGGGGGAGAAAGCAAGAUCAGAGGCUACUGCACUCAACUAGCCCGGGAGGGCGGAUUAAGAGUGGCAAACAUCCUGGAAACUAGGAUUCUCGAUAAUGAUGCACACACAUUGACAGAAUGCUUCAUGGUAAACAUUUUGCUUCCUCUGAAUUGGCCUACUUCCGGCAAAGGUAGCCUCGUCAAAGGUGGUGAUUUUCCCGGCGCUACCGUGACGGAUUGGAUGCAGAAAACCAUGAUCAAAGAGUACAGCACAUUUAUGCCUGUUUUUCCAUUCCAGGGAUCUUGGUGGGUCCGUCUCAGUGGACAGGUCUAUCUUGAAACAACCGAUUUUGAAUGGGCUGGCUGGAGACUGAGAGAAUUGUGCGAAAGAUUAGAGAAACAAAGCGCAAUUUAA